AUGCUCAACAUUCCAACUAUUCCAGAAUAUCGAAUGGCGUCCAGAAUCGAAGGAGGUAAAGCUACUCCUGAUCAUGAGUCAGUGAAAACUGGUGUACCCAAAACGAAAUCAACAAAAUCUUCGAAAUGGAACAAUCAACUCAUAAUUCAUUACACUCACGAGCAACGGUUACAAAACUACAAACGAGAUCUACACCGACUUUGGAAUGAAACAUAUCGAUCAACACCAAUCAUUCACACAAGACUAAUCGAUGGUAAUAGAAACAAUAGAACAUUAGCACGAGAGUUAGUACAUCAUCGACACAUUAAACAACAGCCGAAACAACCGUGA